AUGUCGAAGUCGCUAGGAGAACCACACAAGCCAAAUUCUGAGAAGAAUAUACAUCAAUCCUCUGGCCUAGAGAGCCCAGAAGUUCAACAUGUUGAAAUGGCCUCUGGCCCUGGGACGGGUUCGCGUUUUUACCCGACCACGCCUGUUGAUAUGAACGAUGAACGCCAGCUCUAUUCAAGGACACCUCUUCCUUCACGUACUUUGGCUAACGCACGAGCUGCACUGCAACAGCUAGUUUUAAGAUCUAGAUAUGAAUCUUCAUACAUGCCACUUGAAGAAUAUGGCUCGCAGGGCUCAAUUAAUCUUCCAACUCAGCCGCCCCCUGCUAGAGUCAUCGACCAGUCUGGUGUCUCAAAUCACAGAAAAUCCUCUAGCCAUAGCGCGGGUUUUGAUGUAAGAUGCACUCAAGAAAAUGGGCCGCCAGCGAUCUCAUUCGGGGUCAAUGCACCCAUGCCACGUUGGCGAAUCGAGCGUAUUCAUCCAAUGCUUGCACGGGGAAGUCAAGCGCUGCGAUGGGUGUUCGAUGCUGGCACAGACUUUGCCCGGCUUGGAUGGUCAGAUGAUAUGGUUUACGAAUACGCAUACAGGUGGCUUGAGGAAGCUUCCAGCGAUCCAUCAUUCAGACGAUAUGCGAGGUCCAACAUUCUAGGCGAAUAUGGCAAAGAUCCGCUACCGACCCUCCCACCAGCACCAAGUACUUGCUACUUUCGAUCAUGGUCUCAAUCAUCGGGAACAAAUGAUAGCUGGACCCACCACAAUUAUAUGUUUGACUUUGAACCUUCUGGAGGCUGCAAUGAGACUGACCUCGAGCUUGGUCGAUACAAGCCGACUCGUACGUUGCGGAAAGCAAGUACGGACGAAGGCCGACCAAUGCAGUUCAAAGUAUAUAGGUGGGUCUGGUUCAGCGUCGCCUUUUUGGUAUUGAGCAUGUUUUUGUGUCUUUUCUUGUACGGUUUCAUUGGCCCACAACUCCACGCGAGUCUCUGGGGUAAUGUUAACUCCAAUUAUAUUAGUCCUUCAGACUGGCGUUCGUGGGCAAAUGUUUUUCUUCUCCAUAAAAGAAAUGACAUAGUAGGUGCAGCAAGUGCAUAA